UUGUAUUUUUUUCGGUCUCGUGUUAUCUAUAUAAAAAAGAAGAAUAAUAAAAACACACAAAAAGGAUCAAAACUUUAAACGCUGUCAUUUCGGACAUUGAAGUAAAAAGAGACAUUAAGUGUAAUUUUUAAUUUUCUAAGAAAAGUAAAAGUCUAUCUGUCUUGUUUAUCGGAGUAAAUACCAAUGCUAUCGUGGAAUAUCUACAGUGUUGCUUUAGCAGCAUGCUUAAUCAGUUUACUGGUCACGGAUGUAACAGCCUACAUACCGUUUCGGAACAGUCGGCCACGAUCUUUUGACAGAGGAAGUCCAGUUAGUGCCUCACCAGUGAACAGCGCUUUACAGCCCAGGCCUGUAUGUGCUAUUCAAGACCUUAUGACGUGCUGGUUUCCUUGCUAUGGACGACGAUGUUUAAAUCACCCACAAGCCAGAUGCACGGGUAUGCGAAUGGGCUGUGUCUGUCGCCCGGUGUGGGUCCUAGGGGGAAAGGAAGUGGACUGCACAGCUCCACCACCACCAGUGUGUCCCAUGGGCCUGCCACUUGUAGCCUGCACCAAGAACCCAUGCAUGUUCGCCAAGUGUCUCCAGUAUCCACACGCAGAAUGCAGACCAAAUUACUGCGGAGGCUGCGGCGUAAACUUUUUCAUCCAAGGAAUGCCGGUGAAAUGCGAGGGUGCCAUAACUAUAUUCCCAGAACUAGCAGUCCAGGGAUCCAAUCCUAGUCUGCAAAACGGACGAUUAAAUAUUGUGAUGCAGAAACCUCAAAGAAACAUUGAUACAUCGCCCAUUUUCACAGCUAGUAAAAUAGCAAAUAAUCAAAAUGGCGGUUUGCCAAUCUCUACUGGACCUCAGGUCAUCCCACCACAAGGGAGUGGUUCCGGAAUCCCCAUAGCAACAGGACCUGUCGGUCCAGCUAUCACAGAUCCCCAAGGACCUGUAGAUUUAGGUCCCCAAGGUCCUGUUAUAAAUCCUUCACAUGGCAUUAAUGUAGGAAACCCCCUGGGCCCAGUCAUUGGACAGCCUAUUGUCGACCCUGUCCAAGGGCCUGCUUUUGUUGAGGGUCCUCAGGGCCCAGUAGUUACACAACCUAUUACAGACCCUAUUCAGAUGCCUAUUGGAGGUCAACAAAACCCAAUUAUCAGUGCCCCUAUUACAGACCCUGUUCAGAUGCCUAUUGGAGGUCAACAAAACCCAAUUAUCAGUGCCCCUAUUACAGACCCUAUUCAGAUGCCUAUUGGAGGUCAACAAAACCCAAUUACAGAUGGACCACAAGGCCCUAUUAUUGACCCUGCUCAAGGUCCCGCUAUUGGAAAUCCUCAAGGCUCGGAUAUUAACAAUCCAGCUAUCACCAACCCCAACGAAGUGGGUUUUGGUUCAAGCAGAUUCUUUAGUGACGGCGCUGGAUCUCAGCCCGAUAUAACUGGACCAAACCCUGUCGGAUCGCAGCAGCCUACCGGUCCCGUUGGUCCUAUAGCAGGACAAGGAACUGACAUCACUGGACAAGGGUCUCAAUCCGAUCCUACUGGAAAUCCUACAGGACCACUACAGCCUACAGACCCCGUCAACACCAGAGUUAAUCCUGAGGUACUCCAGAUUCUUCAGACAGAAACGUGUGAUCCUAGGUACGGUGUUGCUGACUGCACCGAAGAUCCGUGCUUUGGACAGACGUGCAGUCGUUCUGGAGCUGUCUGCAGACCAAGUAGAUGUGGAGCCUGUCACGCCAAAUGGUUCAUCGGCAAUGAUGAGGUAGACUGUACGCCAGACUGCCCGAUAGGAGUUAGAAAAGCCCGGUGUCUGUUUGAUCCAUGCAGCCGAUUCAGCUGUCCGGCCUUCCCAAAUGCAAUCUGCAGAAUUAACCGAUGUCGCACAUGUCGUGCCGAGUGGCUUGUUAACGGAGUACCAGUCAACUGCGAUAUAGAAAAACAAGACUGUCCCCCUGACCAGGUGCGGACGUGCCCCAAGUGUUGGAUGUCUGUAUGCCCCAGCGACCUGUCAGCUCGAUGCAGAGUGACUGGGUGCACUGAUCCGUGUGGGAUGGAGUUUUACAAACAUGUAAAUGGAAAUAUCACAACUGUCGACUGCACAAUCGGAGGACAGUUUAAAUCAAGACGAGGCUGAACCUGACAACGAGGCUUACUGUUACAUAUUCAUGAGUUUAAAACGCGGCACAAGAAAUGAAAACGAGACUUACUGUGACAUAUCUCGAGGCACAAGAACUCAUGGACAUUUAGAACAGUAUACACGUAUAUGAGACAAUUUCGUUUAUUUAUUUUUGAAUCACAUCCAGACAAUUAAAUGUGGGGUUAAUACAUAAUAUAAUUUAACAUUUAUAUUUAUAUGCCUAAUUUCAAAUAAAACUACUAAUUAUAAAAAUUAAACAAACAAGCAAUAGGUUUUAAUCGUGUUCAAAAUAGUUUCUUACCCAGACACGAGUGCAGAGGUAGGAGGGGAUUGGGUGGAGGGUUCGAGUGUCAAAACCCCUCAUGCUGAAGCAAUUUUUUUUGGUUGUUUUUUCAAUACAUUUUUUUGGGGAGAAGCAUUACUCGACUCCCCCCCCCCCCCCCUAAACAUCGCUCGCCACAGUCUAGAACCCCUGCUAAUAUUUCUGACAAACUAAAUGGAAAAUAGUGUCGAUUUUCAUUAGAACGCACAAAACUACACAACGAAAUCCAAUGUUUUAUCGUUAUGUCUGUGUGUGUUUAGAUAGUGAUGUCAAUAGGAUUUUUUAAUAGAUAUAGGAGCAAACAUUGAGUGUCAAGUGAAACUCUGCUAGCAUGACUGCCUUCAGUAAGAUAACUCUAGUAUCUGUUGUGUAGCGUAAAACGAGUUAUCUCCCAUGGUGAUAAUGUUUUAAAAAUAGCUAUUGACCGACCAACAACUUUUAUUAUUGGUGCUUGUCUAUCAGCGUGCAUUUGAUGAUAUGAACGUUAAAACCCCCAGAUGUUUACGAUCAAGUUAAGUCAAUUUUUAUUUUUUUAUUAUUUUUUGUUUCAUUUCUUUUUUGUCUUUAUUAUUAUUAUUAUUAUUAUUAUUAUUAAUGUUUUAAAAUAUAUAUUAUUGUAAACCAACAUUUUGUUCUGUUCAAUGUCAUUUGAAAUUUUUUAUUUUCUCUAAUGUGUUCAUUAUUAUCAUUAUUUGUGUUCAUACAGACGAAAUCAUGUAUUCAUGUUAUGUGUCAUCCACUACAGUUAAUAAAUAAAUAUAUUUA